CCCUAUGUAGGAAAUGUCAUUCUGAGCAUUGUGACAAGUGGCGUUUGCCGGCUCUGGUUUUCGCGGCCUUGCUUUAACUAUCUCUUGGAUUGUAAUGUGGACUGCGCGACUACCGGUAGGGCCGCCAAAAGAAAGAGCGCAAGGGAGUAGUAGAAACAACAGCGAGGAAUCGUGUGAUUUGACUGACAAAACCGUUUACGCUCUCUGAAGACUUUAGAUCGCUCACUGGCCUCUUUUCCGAAAAAAAAGGGAAAAUAAAUUCGCGUAGCCACCGAUCAACCAAACGUGCCCACAACCCCCUCCCCUCUCCCAUCCACACCCCCACCCCGGGAGGAGGAGCGGCUAGCGGGGGGAAUCCAACAUGGCGGAGCACGCAUCCCUGGAUAACAAGCACAAAGCGGCAAGCGCCAACUCCGGGGCCUCCUCCCCCGCUCUAAGCUCCGGCCGCUCGGGAUCCGCUAACAGCAGUAACGUGCACUCCCCGCCGGGUCAUGGCGGGCUGUCUGGAGGUUUGUCUCAGCCGGCUGGCUGGCAGUCACUGCUCUCCUUUACUAUCCUGUUCCUGGCUUGGCUGGCCGGCUUCAGCUCCAGGCUUUUUGCCGUCAUCCGCUUCGAGAGCAUCAUUCACGAGUUCGACCCCUGGUUUAACUACAGAUCAACACAUCACCUAGCAUCCCAUGGAUUUUACGAAUUUUUAAAUUGGUUUGAUGAACGAGCAUGGUAUCCACUUGGAAGGAUAGUAGGUGGAACGGUAUAUCCUGGAUUAAUGGUGACUGCUGGCCUUUUCCAUUGGAUUUUAAAUAUGCUCAACAUAACGGUUCAUAUAAGAGAUGUGUGUGUGUUCCUAGCACCAGUUUUCAGCGGCCUUACAUCAAUUUCAACUUUUCUGCUCACUCGAGAACUGUGGAACCAGGGAGCAGGGCUUCUAGCUGCCUGCUUCAUUGCAAUAGUGCCAGGCUACAUAUCCCGAUCAGUAGCUGGAUCCUUUGACAAUGAAGGCAUUGCUAUUUUUGCACUGCAGUUUACAUAUUAUUUGUGGGUAAGUAGUUGGAUUUUUCUCUUCCCUGUAGCCUUUCUCCACGCUUUAGCAGAGAAACAGUACGCAAAAAUUCACAUACCAAUUAUUGCUUCUGUGUCUGAACAUCAACCGACUACAUGGGUUUCCUUCUUUUUCGAUCUUCACAUACUAGUUUGUACAUUUCCGGCUGGUCUUUGGUUCUGCAUUAAAAAUAUCAACGAUGAGCGAGUUUUUGUUGCUUUAUACGCAAUCAGCGCAGUUUACUUUGCUGGUGUGAUGGUUCGUCUGAUGCUGACCUUAACUCCUGUGGUCUGUAUGCUGUCUGCCAUUGCUUUCUCCAAUGUGUUUGAACACUAUCUUGGGGACGAUAUGAAGAGGGAAAAUCCACCAGUAGAGGACAGCAGUGAUGAAGAUGACAAGAAAAACCAACAAAAUCUCUAUGAUAAGGCUGGAAAAGUAAGAAAGCAUGUGUCUGAUCAGGAGAAGACUGAAGAAGGCUUAGGUCCAAACAUUAAGAGCAUAGUUACAAUGCUUAUGCUAAUGCUGCUGAUGAUGUUUGCUGUGCACUGCACCUGGGUAACCAGCAAUGCUUAUUCCAGCCCCAGUGUGGUAUUGGCAUCAUACAAUCAUGAUGGGACACGAAACAUUUUAGAUGAUUUCAGAGAAGCUUAUUACUGGUUAAGACAAAACACAGAUGAACAUGCCCGUGUAAUGUCCUGGUGGGAUUAUGGUUACCAAAUAGCAGGAAUGGCUAAUCGGACAACUUUAGUAGACAACAAUACGUGGAAUAAUAGCCAUAUUGCUUUGGUUGGCAAAGCUAUGUCUUCAAAUGAAACAGCUGCAUAUGAAAUCAUGCGAAGCUUGGAUGUGGAUUAUGUGUUGAUCAUCUUUGGCGGUGUAAUUGGCUAUUCUGGAGAUGAUAUAAAUAAAUUUCUUUGGAUGGUACGGAUAGCAGAAGGAGAACACCCAAAGGAUAUUAGGGAGAGUGAUUACUUCACACCACAAGGAGAGUUUCGUGUGGACAAAGCAGGAUCUCCAACGCUGCUUAACUGUCUCAUGUAUAAAAUGUCUUAUUAUCGAUUUGGUGAAAUGCAGACAUCAAAGAGGAAGCGUGGCUACGUGAAGAAUAAGUUAACUCUGAAGAAAGGCAAGAAACCCAGCAAGAAGACAGUUUAAAUAAACUGAUCUCAAAGGAAGGAAUUGUCCUCGAGAUAACCAGUCUUGCCUUUUAGGUGAACUCCAUGUUUCACACCAACAUGAGGGUACAGAACCAUCUUUUGGUCCAGAAUAUUGUACAAAUUUUUCAGGCAAUGUCUGAUUUCAAAAAAUAUAUAUAUAUUGGCUUAUUAAGAACAGCUGUUUUAGAUUUGUAAUGUGAAGCCAGACAGAGCUGCUGUCCAAGAAUAGCAGCAGAAUUUCUUUUGGUAAAUCUUUUUUUUUUUUUUUCCAGUCUGUUGACAAUUUGGACUAAUUGCACCAAAGAGCCCUCUAAUUUGGUCAUUGGCACAUGCAUACUUGUCAAUUUUUUUAUUUGAAUAUUUUUUAUUAUUUUUUUUGUAUACCAUACCGCUUCUUUUUUUUUUUUUUUCCUGGUAACCACAAAAGAAUACACAUCGGAGGACUUUGCAAAAACACAGUGACCCCGUCUUACGCCUUUAAAAUGUAUAACAAUUAGGAUAUAAAAGCAUGAGUGUCUGACUUUAAACAAUAAAGUACAAAUUGCUCUGUCAAACUGUUUUUUAUUUUCAGAACAAUGCUACAUACACAGAGUGUCACUGUUCUUUGGUCUUUUGUCAAGAAUGUGGGUGUAUUCUGUAAUUGCUGCUGCAUAUAUCGUUUUUAAUUGGAACAAGUUAGAACAAACUGCAUUGAAUCAUGAUGGUGAUAAUGAUAAUGUUCAUCCGGAGACACUUUUAACUAUUCUUAUUUUGAAGAAGCCUAACAUAUUGCUAAUAUAAGAUAUCCGUACCAAUGCACUGCAUAUGCACAUUGGUAUUAUCGUGUGUUUAUAUUUUUAUAUCAUUUGAUUUUAGGCUUGCAGUGUAAAUUCUUGGGCCUCUUCUGAACAUUCUCUGUUGAACAUGGUUUGUGCCAUGAAAUGAGAGCCAAGACGUGCAAAAUUUAGAAUGGAUGUUCUGACUUAAGACGUAAAAAAAAAAAAUUGACAAGUAUACAAAUUUCCACUUGUUCUGUGACUGAGAGAGAAACACUAUAGAGGAUAUUUGAAAUCCAGCAUGGGUUUCUGGAAAUAUAACAUAAUACUUUUUUAUGGUUUUUUUUGUUUUGUUUUGUUGUUUUUUAGGUUGUUUUAAAUGAUUUUGAAAUUUGUUCUAGUGAUGUUUUGGCUUAAUUGGGAAUCUUAUGUUUUUGUAGAAAAUAAAUUGACAAUUCUGUCAAAUGCACUAAAAUGUAAAUGGGGUUGACCAUUUGGGUGGAUCUAUAUUAAUUGUCUGGCUAUACACAUUCUUCAGACUUGAAUUUUUCUUUUGAUUUUACUUGACACAUGUCAAUACUCUUUCAUGUGUAAUUCAAAUGCAACUAUCCCACAUGCAAGUAUUGAAGAAGCAAGAUGUAACUUAAGAUUCAUUUUAUACUAUACAAAAGUUCAGGAAUAGGUUACAUCUUCCUAGAAAAACAUAACUAUACAUUUGUUUUUCUUUUUCUGUAUUUUAUGCUUUUUUAAACAUUUAGUUACAGACCACAAAACUGCAUCAUUGUCAAGCCUUCAAGUGGCUCUGACACAAAUCACUCUGGGGUUCUGUUUAUUUUGUUGGCUUAAAAAUGUUGUUUACUGUAGGGAAAUAAAGUUUAAGGUUUUCUUUUAAGAGUCCUGUUUUUCUUAUCAAAUUAUUCAACAGCCAUUUUUUAAAAAAAAAAUACACAUCUGUCAUAGCAGCCAUUGUUGGGGAAUAAUAGCUCUUUGGGGUAGAUUUUUGGUAUAGUCAAAAUAAACCAGUUAUUUUCAAGAUGUUUAUUGAAGAAAUAACAUGAGCAGAUUUGCAGUAAAACUGGAAAAUCUUUACUUUCAAAUAAAAUUAAAAAAAAUUCAA